GAUCGUGUACCUUUCCAAGAAAGACUUGGCGGUAAAACCGAUACCCUCUCCACUUGUUUAUCACGGCGUAAGCUCCUCAAACUCACCCAUCUCUGUUUUCAUAGACUUUUUCUUCCUCAAUAAGCCCAAAAGAAAAAGCUUUAAAAAUAAGAGCGAGAAGACGUAGCGGAAGAAAAAGAAGAAGAAAAAUGUCAAAGGAGGAGGCUGUGUUUGUUGGCUCAAUCGACCAAGGAACCAGCAGUACCAGAUUCAUAAUCUAUGACCGCUUAGCUCGCCCAGUGGGAUCUCACCAGGUCGAGUUCACUCAGUUCUACCCAGAAGCCGGAUGGGUGGAGCAUGAUCCCAUGGAGAUUCUGGAGAGUGUGAGGAUUUGCAUUGCCAAGGCAGUGGACAAGGCAACAGCGGAUGGAUACAACGUGGACAGUGGGUUGAAGGCUAUUGGUUUGACCAAUCAGAGGGAAACAACUCUGCUGUGGAGCAAAUCCACGGGUUGUCCGCUUUACAACGCCAUUGUUUGGAUGGAUGUUCGAACUAGUUCUAUUUGCAGAAAAUUGGAGAAGGAAUUGUCAGGCGGGAGAACUCAUUUUGUGGAAGUUUGUGGUCUGCCAAUAAGCACCUAUUUCAGUGCACUGAAGCUCCUCUGGUUGAUGGAAAAUGUGGAUGCUGUCAAGGAGGCAGUGAAAGCAGGGGAUGCUCUGUUUGGAACUAUAGACACUUGGUUGAUCUGGAACUUAACUGGUGGGCUAGCUGGAGGAAUACACGUCACUGAUAUCUCAAAUGCAUCAAGAACAAUGCUCAUGAAUCUCAAAACACUUAAUUGGGAUAAACCCACUUUAGAAACCCUAGGGAUCCCAGCUGAAAUUCUGCCCAAAAUUGUCAGUAAUUCUGAGCUUAUUGGAAAAAUAUCCAAAGGAUGGGCAGUUACUGGUGUCCCAAUUUCAGGAUGUUUAGGUGACCAACAUGCCGCGAUGGUGGGGCAAGCUUGUAGGAGAGGUGAGGCUAAAAGCACUUAUGGAACUGGUGCUUUCAUACUUCUCAACACAGGUGAAGAGAUAAUCCAGUCAAAGCAUGGGCUUCUAACUACUGUAGCAUUCAAGCUUGGCCCCAAAGCUCCAGCAAAUUAUGCUCUGGAGGGAUCGAUUGCUAUUGCUGGUGCUGCAGUUCAGUGGCUGAGAGAUGGUCUUGGGAUUAUUAGUAGUGCGAGUGAGAUCGAGAAAUUGGCAUCACAGGUUGAAUCCACAGGCGGGGUUUAUUUUGUUCCUGCUUUUAAUGGAUUGUUUGCUCCUUGGUGGCGUGAUGACGCUCGUGGAGUUUGUAUUGGGAUCACAAGGUUUACAAGCAAGGCUCAUAUUGCUCGAGCUGUUCUUGAGAGUAUGUGUUUCCAAGUCAAAGAUGUGCUGGAUUCAAUGCACAAAGAUGCUGGGGAGAAGGGUGAGGUUAAGAAUGAGAAGGGGGAGUUCUUGCUUAGGGUUGAUGGUGGCGCUACUGUUAAUAAUCUUCUGAUGCAAAUUCAGGGAGACUUGUUGGGAAGUCCAGUGUUGAGACCAGCUGACAUAGAAACAACUGCUCUUGGAGCAGCCUAUGCUGCUGGAUUAGCUGUUGGCGUUUGGACAGAAGAUGAGAUUUUCGCUUCUGAAGAAAAGCUUAAAAGUGCCACCAUAUUCCGUCCAAAUUUGGGUGAGGAGUUGAGGAAGAAAAAGGUGGAGUCUUGGUGCAAGGCUGUUUCCAGAACUUUUGACUUGGCUGAUCUUUCUCUUUGAUAUACCCGUGUGAGCCGUGUCGAAUCCUGCAACCCUUAACUUUUAUUUUUCUGUUAUUGGAAUAUGAUGGUAGCCAGAAUUGUUUGAAACAAUGAAUAAUAUUUGAAUAAAACUGAUUUCUGACUUUUUA